AUGGAGAACCACCCUCCCUCGCCAGCGCAAAGCGCUACCACAAACCCCCCGACAGAGAGCUCAUUUAGCUUUACACCAAUCAAAGCCCUGAGUGCCUUGCCACGACUGUGGGAUCGCAAACCUUCGACCCCUGUCCGCGCCGGUGACAAAUCACGAAAGCUGUGGAAGCGCAUUCGCUUCCCAUUCGGCGGCAUGAAGACUGAACCAGAAGGUCAAAGCACUGGAAUCGGUGCCGCUAAGAACCCGACUUCGGAUUACCAGCGUGGCGUUAAGCGCCGAUGCGUUGACCCUAGCGAUGCAGAGCAAGAGACCGAGAUGGAACAACGCGGCCGGUCGUUCCUAGAAACCAAAUGGGAGAUGCAGGCAUCCCGAAAGAAGCGCAAAAUGCCCGAAUUUAAUUUUAACAUCCACAACGAUAACCCUCAGAGCGUGUUUGGAUUUACUGGCAACCAGUCAGCUACCAAUGAUGUUGCGAUGAACGACUCUCCUCAACCGCUCAGCGACAUGUGGCAGUCCGCCAAGACACCGGUCUACAAUGAUGCCCAGGCAGACCUCACGGCAUCCGACUCAAAAGAUGCCGAAGAUCUCCAGUCUACAUCCCCCGAUCAAGUGGUGCCGCCCGUGAUCGCUCAAGCCGGAGAGACCGUUGGGGAGCCCGCACAAGACCUCACCCAGGAGCAGGAAGUGAAACUAGUACGCUCUGCUCUGCGAAGCUCCUUGGACGGAGAAGAUGCAGAGUUGCUUAAUGACUUCUUGUCGCGGGCCAAGGCGAAGCGCGCCGCCAAGGCAUCGCACCCCGAGGAUGCGGAGCCUACAGAAGUAUCCUCCAGCACUGAGGAAUCACCUGAAGUUGAAAGAUCGACACCGCGAUCGCGACGUGUCUUGGAAGAUCUAAACACCAACUCCCCCUCGCCAGUCAAGGUGCAAUUAUCGCCGAGUAAACAUGACGUCAAGCUUGUUCCCGUUGACGCGGAGGAGCAGGAACAAAUCAUCCACAAAGAAAUCAUGGAAGAGCCCGCGCCCGCGAGUCCUGCUUGUCGUCGAAGCUCUCGUACCAAGGGCCCAAGUGCUCCUUCUGUGCGCAACACUAUCGCGCUCCGUCGGGCGAAAGGUACCGAGUUCAUCUUCCUGCAACGGACCGACUCGCAGCAGCUGGCUUUGGCUACGAAGCGCAACACUCGGCUCAACAAGGGUAAAUCCGUGACCCCCAUGGUCGCGCUGGAGGCCCUUGCUCAAGAAUUGAGCGAGGCGAGUGCUCAGGCUGGCACCGAUGAGCAUGAGAGCCCACCUCGCGAGGCCAGCUCCACGAAACGGAAGCAAGUGUCGUGGAACGAAGAGCGCAUGGCUGAGUAUGAAGAAUACAAGGAAGUCAUCGACGAGUUUGAGGAUGAAGGUGAUCAAUGCAAGGAUGACGUCGGUGCAACACCUCGCCGAGCGGAGAGCAAGCGAUCAACAAAGAAAGCCGCACCCGCCCAGCGCAGCAGCCGUCGCCAGACCGAGAAGGCAGAGCAGGGUGGUCAGAGUGGGGCCACAGACAGCGGUCUAACCGCCCCUACUGCACCCGCUUCUGCAACCCCGCGGUCACGCCGGGUGAGGCGCUUGGGCGAUUUGGGGAAGAUGGGCUCAGGCACCCCUGUCAAGACCGGUAGCAGCACAAGCAAGCCUUCCGCAGCCGAGGUGACCGUGGCGGUCCCCGCCCCCUCCACGCCCACCAAGGGCCGCCGCAAGAUCUCUCCCAAAUCCCCUAGCUCGUCCAAGCUCCCUGCGCCUGCCUCAAAGGCUGCCAAACAGCCCACAGACCAAUCUUUCGUCAGUGGCAUUCCCACCCGCAGCACCAAGAGCACAGACGAUUCAUCUCGGAGUCACCUCCAGAUGAGCGCGGGGUGCACUCCAGCCGCCAAGCGGGUGCGCUCGAGAUCUUGA